AUGAGUGGGGGCCGCUUUGACUUUGAUGAUGGCGGGGCGUACUGUGGAGGCUGGGAGGCGGGCAAAGCCCACGGGCAUGGACUGUGCACAGGCCCUAAGGGCCAGGGCGAGUACUCAGGCUCCUGGAACUUUGGGUUUGAGGUGGCAGGCGUCUACACCUGGCCCAGUGGGAACACCUUCGAGGGGUACUGGAGCCAGGGCAAGCGGCACGGGCUGGGCAUAGAGACCAAGGGGCGCUGGAUCUACAAGGGCGAAUGGACACACGGCUUCAAGGGGCGCUACGGCACUCGGCAGAGCACCAGCAGCGGUGCCAAGUAUGAGGGUACCUGGAGCAACGGCCUGCAGGAUGGCUAUGGCACGGAGACCUAUGCUGAUGGAGGGACUUACCAAGGCCAGUUCACCAACGGCAUGCGACAUGGCUACGGCGUGCGUCAGAGCGUGCCCUACGGGAUGGCUGUGGUGGUGCGCUCGCCGCUGCGCACUUCGCUCUCGUCCCUGCGCAGCGAACACAGCAACGGCACGGUGGCCCCAGACUCGCCCGCCUCGCCGACCUCCGACGGCCCGACGCUGCCCUUGCCCACCACUCCGCGCGGUGGCUUCGCGCUCAGCCUCCUGGCCAACGCCGAGGCAACGGCGCGGGCGUCCAAGGGCGGCCGCCUCUUCCAGCGGGGCGCCCUACUGGGCAAGCUGCGGCGCUCCGAAUCACGCACGUCGCUGGGAAGCCAGCGCAGCCGGGUCAGCUUCCUCAAGAGCGACCUCAGCUCAGGCGCCAGUGACGCCGCCUCUACCGCCAGCCUGGGCGAGGGCGCUGAGGCCACCGACGAAGCCGCGCCCUUCGAGGCCGACAUCGACGCCACCACCACCGAGACCUACAUGGGCGAGUGGAAGAAUGACAAGCGCUCGGGCUUCGGUGUGAGCGAGCGCUCUAGCGGCCUCCGCUACGAGGGCGAGUGGUUGGACAACCUGCGCCACGGCUACGGCUGCACCACGCUGCCCAAUGGCCAGCGCGAGGAAGGCAAGUACCGCCAUAACGUGCUGGUCAAGGGUACCAAGCGCCGCGUGCUGCCGCUCAAGAAUGGCAAGGUCCGCCAGAAGGUGGAGCACAGUGUGGAGGGUGCCCAGCGCGCAGCCGCAAUAGCACGUCAGAAGGCUGAGAUAGCCAACUCCAGGACAAGUCACGCCAAAACCAAGGCUGAGGCAGCAGAACAAGCCUCCCUGGCUGCCAACCAAGAGUCCAACAUCGCCCGUACGUUGGCCAGGGAGCUGGCUCCAGACUUCUACCAGCCAGGUCCCGAGUAUCAGAAGCGCCGGCUGCUCCAGGAAAUCCUGGAGAACUCGGAGAGCCUGCUGGAGCCCCCUGAUCGCGGUCCCGGCGCCGCAGGGCUCCCGGCACGACCCCGAGAAAGCCCGCAGCUGCAUGAGCGCGAGACCCCACGGCCCGAAGGCGGCCCCCCAUCUCCGGCCGGCACGCCCCCGCAGCCCAAGCGGCCCCGGCCCGGAGCGCCCAAGGAUGGCCUGCUGAGCCCGGGCGCCUGGAACGGCGAGUCGGGCGGCGAGGGCAGCCGGCCGGUGACGCCGUCCGAGGGUGCGGGCCGCCGCAGUUCAGCGCGCCCGGCUACCGAGCACAUGGCCAUCGAGGCGCUGCAGGCGCCGUCCCCGCCGUCGCGGGAGCCCGAGGUGGCGCUCUACCGCGGCUACCACAGCUACGCCGUGCGCACCGGGCCGCCCGAGCCGCCGCCCUUCGAGGACGAGCCCGAACCCACGGUCUCUGGUGCCGACUCGGCGCCCCCAUCCCCGGCCGCCGCACCCCCGCAGACCUCCGCGCCCCGCGGCCCGGAGCCCGAGCCCGAGCCGCCCGCCAAGAUGGAGCCCAAGCCCAUCGUCCCCAAGGCCGAGCCCAAGGCCAAGGCCCGCAAGACAGAGGCCCGAGGGCUGACCAAGGGCAAGAAAAAGGCUCGCAAGGAGGCAGCGCUGGAGGCCGAGGUCGAGGUGGAAGAGGUCCCCAACACUGUCCUCAUCUGCAUGGUGAUCCUGCUGAACAUCGGCCUGGCUAUCCUGUUUGUUCACCUCCUGACCUGACCCUCAUCUACCAG